AUGGGGCAAGUAAAGGUCUUGACUGCUUUGCUCAGCUUGCUUCCACAAAUCACUCGUUCACAGCCAUGCGAAACUCAAUAUCCUCCUCUUAUGCAACCUUUGCAAUCUAGGCAAUUCUCUAAUAAUCUGGGCGCUGUUGCUAGCGAGAGUGAGAUAUGCAGUACCAUUGGAGUCAAUAUUCUACGGGAUGGCGGUAACGCGGCAGAUGCAAUGGUAGCAACGGUUCUUUGCGUUGGGACAGUUGGCAUGUAUCAUUCUGGAAUUGGUGGAGGAGGAUUUAUGCUCAUCCAUAAGCCAAAUAAGACGAAUGGAUCAAAUGCGUACGAAUUCGUUGAUUUUCGUGAAACAGCACCUGCGGCUGCUUCGGAAAACAUGUUCAAGAAUAAUGUGAACGAGAGUAUAUCUGGCGGCAAAGCAAGCGGUGUCCCGGGAGAGUUGAGAGGUCUCCAACAUCUUCACGAAAAAUACGGCAGUCUACCCUGGUCUCAGCUCGUACAGCCAGCUGUCAAGGUCGCACGCUACGGCUUCCCAGUCAACAACGACACCCUCAAGUUUAUGGGAAUGACCUACACCAAAUACGAGAAUGAGAGCUUCCUUCUCAACGACCCAGCUUGGGCAAUUGAUUUCGCACCUUCUGGCAGACUUCUUAAAUUCGGCGAGAAGCUAACACGAAAAAGAUUUGCGGAUACCUUGGAAUCAAUCGCGUCUGGAGGACCAGAUGUUUUUUAUCAAGGCGCAAUUGCCGAGGCGACUAUUCGAACUUUGAAGCGGGAAAAAGGUAUCAUGACAAUGGAUGAUCUCAAGAAUUAUUCUGUCGCUAUUCGUCAGCCUUCGCAGAUUAAUUACAAAGGAGGAAAAGUCACUAGUGGCUCGGCUCCUUCAAGUGGUGCGGUAGUCGCAGCUGCACUGAACAUUCUGGACGGAUAUGACUUCCUCGGAGAUCCAAGUCGAGUCAACGAUACAGCUUACUAUACUGAUGAAGCGUUCAAGUUCAGUUACGGCAUGCGUACAAACCUGGGUGACCCGAGUUUUGUUGAUGGUUUGACAGAGUAUCAGCAAAAUAUGUACUCCAGCAAGACAGCCCAGGAAAUCAGAGCAAAGUUGGAUGGUCGGGCUCUUGACUUGAAAGAGUACGACCCCAAAGGACUGGAGAGUCUGGAAACGCCCGGAACAUCUCACCUCGUCGCCAUGGACUCAUCCGGCUUGGCCAUCUCCCUCACCACUACCGUCAACCUCAACUUUGGCUCCAAAGUCAUUGUCCCAGAGACAGGUAUAAUCAUGAACAACGAGAUGAACGAUUUCAGCAUCCCAGGAGAAUCCAACCAAUUCGGCUUCAUCCCGAGCGAAGCAAACUUUAUCCGACCCGGAAAACGCCCUCUUUCUAGUAUUAGCACAACCAUUGUUGAAGAUGCACACGGAAAAGUGUCUCUCGUCACAGGAUCUGCUGGAGGUAGUCGAAUUAUUACUGCAACAGCACAAGUUGUUCUCAAUGCUAUUGACAAAAACAUGACUGUGGCCGAAGCACUCGCAGCUCCCAGAUUACAUGACCAGCUUGUUCCGCGACAAGUCACCUUUGAGUACGCCUUUGAUAAUUCUACGGUUGCGUAUCUGAAGGAGAUUGGGAAUAACGUUACUUGGGUGCAGACGCAGAGUACAGCUCAGGCUUUGAGAAGAUUGACGAAUGGGACGUUUGAGGCUGCUGGAGAACCUCGACAGGUCAAUUCUGGAGGUUUCUCGACUUGA